CUAAAGUGGAGAGUGUUAUGGUAGUGCACUAGCUCUCUGUGUCUGCUUGAUUAAUAAAUUAAUUUCAUCAGCAUUUUAAUCCAUCAGGUCAGUGCGGCAGCAAUGCAUAAGUUCAUUUCCAUGAUGUUUUCACUGCUAGUCAUUAUUGGGCUGCAGGUGAGCGCUGAGUCCGCAGGAACACGUCCUGAACGGAGUGCCAACAGGCGUUACAUAUCGGAGAUGACAGUGCCGAAUGGAAGGGGAUUGGGGUCGUGGGGUUACAGGGAAAUGUGUCCAGGUGGAACGUAUGCCGCAGGGUUCAGUCUAAAGGUGGAAAAUAUUGUCUAUGGUACCUGGGAUAACACUGCACUCAACGCGAUUCGCCUUCACUGCAUUGAUGAGCUUAGUAGCUUAUUAAGCUUGUAUCACGACUACGCCUCAGUUCAGUCAGAAGUAGGCAGCUGGGGUCGGUGGACAGAUAUCAAAUGGUGUCCUUCUGGAUUCUUGACUGAUUUUGUGCUACAAGUCAAACCUAUUGAAGUCGGUAUUGAUAACACAGCCGCAAACAACAUCAUGUUCAGAUGCAGUGACGGGUCUUUCCUGGUGGGUGAAGGCACAUACUGGGGAAAUUUUGGCGACUGGAGUAAAAAGUGUGAAGGAAAAGGGAUUUGUGGUAUCAAGACGCGGAUAGAAGAGCCACAGGGCGCUGGAGACGACACCGCUCUCAAUGACGUGAUCAUGUACUGCUGCGAUUAAGGCGUUAGAGGAUGACAACAAGAACAGCAAGAAGAUCAGAUGGAUCAUAA